ACCCACAAUGACAGUGCCUCCCAGCUGAUACUUUGAUGGAGGCCGCGAUAUACGACGAUUUUGACGUGUACUCCCCUUUCGAUUUCGAUAUUGCGCUCGACACGACUAUAGUCCAGUCGUCCCAGAGUAUUCAUGCUGCAGGCGUUCUUGAUUCGCCGUUUGCUUUACCCCCCAAUAUUCCUGCGAGCCCGGAUGCACUCCCAUCGGAUAUCCAUGCGAAUAAUAUAACAUAUAGCUUCGGAGUUCAAUACGUACACGAGACUGAUCUGUGGAAUAGUUGUUUCGCUCAUUUCAAGCGCCAGUCAAGAUUCUGCUUCGCCCCUCGGAAAAUAUUCGACCAGCUCCAUCAACUAACUUCUCCCGUCGACAAAAUCCUAGGAACCAAUGCUUGUCCAUCAUCGAUGGAUAUUGUACUGAUACAGCAGCAUAUCAAAACACUCGAAAAACAGUACAAAACACUUGAAGAUGAUUUGUGCGUUUUACGCCUGGUGCUGCAGCAGUUAUCAAAGGAAGAAUGGGCUUUGGCGAACUACAUGGAUUUACACAGGUCUCUCCUUGUAUCUUCCGACCAGCGACUAGCUUUCAUUGCUCCACGAGUUCCCUCUGUCUCGAUGAGCCCGUCUCAAGUCUAUAUAAAGUAUAUCGCAUUCGAGUUCACCUCUGAAAACACCGACUUAAAACUACUUCCCGCUGCCAAGUACACUAUUCGUUUUCCCGUGGUUCAAUCUCUCGGCCCAACCCUAGACCGGAUAGAGGAGCUUAUAGAAGCAGGAGACCGACCCUCUACAGGAGAAGCGUGCAAAAUACAAGAAAUUCUACAGGUGGCUGAGCCUGCGUAUCGUAACGUCGGCCAAAACAUCUUUGCCCUGGAAAAUGUCACGGACAGAGUCGAAUUGGAACUUCGAUUUAUUCACCAGAAUAUUUUUCUGCAUUCCGCCCUGUUGGCGCCUAUUAAUAGAGUCCCCGACGAGGUCCUCAGGGAGAUAUUCUCACGUUGUUUUGUUCUUGCUGAGGAAUCGCUGGAAGAGAGUGAUCCGGUUCUAGUGCCUUUUGUACUUGGAGCCGUCAACACUCGAUGGCGGUCAAUUGUGAAACUGUGUCCCCUCCUAUGGUCGGCAGUCCGGAUAUACUUGGAUAUUUCGAUGUUCCCUUCGCACGCCUUGAGCGUUCUUUCAGUGUGGUUGAAGCGCGCUGGGUCAACUGAACCCCUAUCCCUGAAGAUCAUCUUUAGGAAUAGUUGGUUGUCAUCCUCAUAUUACUCCAAUAAUGACAAGAACAGAAGUGACCUUCAAAUGCGGGUUGAGGCUAAUAUUGCCAUCACCAUUGCUAUCCUUCGUAAAAGUGCAGUGCGAUGGUACAAACUGGAAUUCAUCAAUUGUCCUGCGCAUUUACUGCAAUCUUUCUUUGAAGCCCCGCAUGCACAAACGCCAAACCUACAGUUUCUUACCUUGGAAGGUGGGAGAAUGUACACAGGUCCGUCUGCUUUAGUCACACCAGACUCCCCGUCUCCGUGUUGGGAAAUGCCAAAUGGAGCCCAUUUUCCACAACCGGGGUGUCCUUUGGAACAAUUUCUCACAAUUUUUGAACUCUCAAGUAUUCGAAGUUUGGAGCUGACUGAAGUUACCCUCCUGGACUUUGAGCACACUUUGGAAUUCAUCUCCCUCUGUGUAUCUCUUGAAAGGUGCAAGGUCAGCUUCAGUUCCGAGUUCGAUCGCAGAUCCACAGUACACGUUCCCCUGUCAAACCUUGUGUUGCCCAAUAUGCUGGAUUUGUCUUUGUCCUUGGAAAAACCGGAUCAAUUCUUGCGUCGCCUGAUUCUUCCUCGACUCCAUCACCUCAGAGUUUGCACUGUAGGAGAAGCUAUAGAACAAGCGAACGACAUGGAUUCUGUCCAGGAGAUGUUUGACCGCUCUAAUCUUUUCUGCACUUCGAGAGGUUCAAACGUAGGCUGGUAUGAUUUUCACACUAUACCUUUAUCCAUCAAUUCACUGAGCAAAGUUUGAAUUUCGAACCAUCCAUAUGUAUGUGCCAAUUACUACACUUAGAUAUAGGCGUGUGUAAAUUACUUUGACGCUUGAAUGCUAUCCGGCCCGGCAUGUCCAGUAAGCGCCCGGGAUGG